CAGGAGGCGCUGCGCUUAAUUGUUUAUGUUUUAUUUAUUAAACUAAUAAGCAAGUGAUCGAGUGAUAACUCGCUCGUCGUAACAUAAAAGUCAUUUUUCGUAACGUCAACUCAUUGAAAUAUUUAACUGUCAAGUAAAAUUGAAACAAUGGCUCAAGUUAUUCCGACAAUCGAUCAAGUAAAGGCAGAAGCCAUGGAGAUAUUCCGCAAGGAAUUUGGUGAUGAUCCAGAUAUUUGUGUCUUUGCUCCAGGAAGAGUCAAUUUAAUUGGAGAGCACACGGAUUACAACGAGGGUUUUGUGCUCCCGAUGGCUCUGCCAAUGGUGACAAUUAUCGUGGGAAAAGUAAACGGUAAUAAAAAUUGCACUAUUGUGUCAACAAGUAAAUCCAUCACGACGACGAGCAAACUUGAGUUUGACGUAAGUGAUCGCAGCAAAAUAGCACCUGGUGAACCCAAGUGGGCCAAUUACGUAAAAGGUUGCAUUGCCUAUUUUCCAGCUGAUGUACCAGGAUUCAAUGCGGUGAUAGUAUCGACGGUGCCGAUGGGCUCGGGACUGAGCAGCUCAGCAGCUCUGGAAGUCGCAACUUACACUUUCCUGGAAGCUUUGACGGGCGUUGAGUGCAAAGAUCCGCGUGACAAAGCUCUGGUAUGUCAGAAAGCUGAGCACGAGUUUGCAAAUGUCCCUUGCGGUAUCAUGGACCAGUUCAUUUCGGUGAUGGGAAAGCAGGGGCACGCGUUGCUACUCGACUGUCGUGAUCUGUCCGUCACCCAAAUUCCCAUGGAUGGAAUUGAUGACUAUGUAUUUUUAAUUACAAAUUCAAAUUCACCCCACAAAUUGUCCUCGAGUGCGUUUAGAGAGCGGAGAGACGCGUGUUUUGAAGCUGCCAAGAUGUUGGGGAAGAAAAGUUUACGUGAAGUGACUCUGGAUGAUCUCGAGGUUUUGAAAAAACAAGGAGCUAGUGAAAUAAUUUUAAAAAGAGUCGGUCAUGUGAUAAAUGAAAAUUCACGUACACUAGCAGCCACUGCGGCGUUUCAAGCCGGUGAUUAUAUUAAAGUUGGUGAAUUAAUGAACGAAAGUCAUGAUUCACUGCGUGAUAAUUACGAGGUAUCGUCAAAUGAACUUGAUACGCUUGUAAAUACAGCGAGGAAAAUUCCCGGUGUGCUGGGGAGUAGACUAACAGGGGCUGGGUUCGGUGGCUGCACCAUUACCUUUUUGAAAAAGGACUCUGUUGAUCUCGUCAUCGCAGCUAUCAAUAAAUCAUACUCGGGGACUGCGUCAUUUUAUAUCGCGAGCCCGUCAGUGGGAACCGGAAAACUGGAUUGUAAAUAAACGAAAUUUUAUAUAUAAACAUAUAUAUAGUUAAAUGUAUAUUAGUAAUAAAAUAGACAAUAAUUUUAUACAACAACUUGAAAAAAAAAUAAUAAUAGUAAACACAUUACAAGUGUUUAAUUAUAAAUUUAAAAUAUUUAUCUUGGCAAUUUUUAAAAACUCAACUGCACUUAAUACUGAAACGUUUUUAACAAGUACUUGUUCAGUACAAUUAUAUAUAUAUAUCCUUCAAUGGAUUAUAGAAAUUGAAGAAAUGGCCGCUAGAUCUGUAAAAAAAUUUAAUUUAUUAUUUUUAAAAAUUUAACUCCUUUUUUUCUCUUAUGUUUUACCUCUCAAACUCUGGUUGAGUUCGUUUUCAUUUGAACAUAUGAUCAUAUUAGUGGGUUUGACGCCCUGGAAGAUGGUCGCGAUGCUGGACUUUAGGUUGUAAAAAAUAAGAGGCUGCCCGCGUUUAGCGAAAUCCUCGAUUAUGUUUUUUAUACCGCGUGCUGCGGUAAAGUCUGCGGCUUGAAUGUGCGUCGAGUCAAUUACAAUAGGAACCUGGACACCUUCUCGUGUUCCGUAUUUACUGAUCACUGCUCUCACGUACUCGACACUGGGGAAUGACAGACUUCUGUCUGGUGUUAUCAUCAAGUACUCAAAUUCUCCGGGGAUCUGUAAUUUUAAAAAUAAUUUGUUUACGUUUGGUUUGAAAAAAAAAGUUGUAUUGGUCGUUAAAUAAUUACCGUUAUUUUGCGAACACGCAACGAAGGUCUGGCAGACGCGUAAAGUAAGAAAAGCAAAUUAACACUUAUUCCAAUUAUCAUGCCGAGCUCCAAGCCGACAAAAAGACAGCAAACAAAUGUGACAACUGCCGGUAUUAGAUCAAUUUCUAAAAAAAAAAUAGUGAAAUCCAUUGAAAUAAAUGAAAAUUUUUAAAUGGAAUAAAGAAAAAAAUUUGUAAUUACUUUUACUUUUCCACAUGGGCUUGACCACAUGGAAUUCAACCAUAAAAAUAACCGCUGCAAUAAUAACCGCUGCGAGAAUACACUUGGGUACGUAAUAAAGAUAAGGGGUGAGAAAUUGUAGCGAUAAGAGAACGAGAACUCCCGUGUAGACACCACCGAAAGUUGUUUUAACACCCGAGGAAUGAUUUACGGCUCCACGACUCAGCCCUCCGCUGACGGGCAUCGAUUGGAAGAAUGAUGAGACCAAAUUACAGACACCUAGUGCCAGCAUUUCUUGGGUCGCGUCCACUGCCUUGCCAUCCG